GGGUUCCACUCUCACGAUCACGACUCCUCCCACCUACAUCUUGGGAGAAAAUGCAAAACAGGACGAUCCAUGACGUUGCAGGUGGAAUCAACAGUGCAGCGCUUUUAAUUAAUUAGCGUCGAGUGUUGUUGUCAUACCUUUCCGGACACGCGAGAACAAGCACCGACCGGCCAGAGACGGCGACAGGAAGCACCAGAAAAGGGUCUGGAGCCGAGAAAGAGCUCCAAGGAGCGGCGCCCUAGUUGUGUUUACAUACAUUCCACUCGUCGAACGCCUUCGACAGGUGACACCCUGCGCCUUAUCAUGGCCUGAUUCUUCCUCGGAUGAUGCCGAACGCACGAUGUCGAGCCGCAAGUGGACUGCCUGAGGCCGCUGGUCCACAGCGAUGCUCAAACCAGGACCAUGAACAUCGAUGCUGCGGACGGUCUGCCAACUUGGAGACUGUGGGGUGAGGAGCGAACCCCGGGGGCUAUUUUCACUGUCUACCUGAAGAAGGUUCGGUACCACAGGCCAAACAAAAGUGUCUCGGAGCAGGAAGACAACAUAUCCCAUUUAGAAUGGGAGACCGUCAGGGUACGAUUAGUCAAAGCUGCCACUUUGAACAAAUUGGUCGAGUGCCUGGCCAGCGACGAAGGCGAACUCGAGACCACCUACGUCAACAUUUUCCUUGCUACCUAUAGGUCAUUCAGCACAGCCUCACAGGUUCUAGGACUUUUAAUAGAUAGGUAUAAGUUGCUUGCGAGUGACAGCGAUGAAGUGGAAUUACCAGACUGCAUCAGACAAUUGCACAUGAAAACGCUGAUCCUCUCGCUCCAUGUGUGGCUUGACACGUACCCUGAAGACUUUGUUGAUCCUCCGAAGUUUCCAGCCUUGCAAAGGCUAGACGAGUUCUGCAAGGAAAAUGUUCCUGAAUCUGAAUUAGCUGUUAGAGUUAACCACCGCCUUGAGCGGCUCUUGCAAGAAGUGGGUGAAAGUUCGGCAAGAGUGCCCACAGCGGUCCUGCACAAUAAUGGUGACGUUCACGAAAUUGUCGAUUCCACCAAAGUGACUGACCUCUCCGAGUACAAAUUCCCCCACAUAAAUGAAGUCCUUUUUGCCGAACAACUCACCUGCAUGGAUAUGGACCUGUUUACAAGACUCGUACCGCACCAGUGUCUUGGAUCAGUGUGGGCCAGACGAGGAGAAAAGCCUGGUGCCAUUGGAGGGUUAGCUGGAGGAGCGGCUGGUUCGGUUUUGGCCACCGUCAACCAAUUCAAUGCAGUGUCUUUACGGGUCAUCAGCACUAUUUUGGUGCAAGCGAUUCCAGACAGGGUUGCUAUCAUCACAACAUGGAUUAAAAUUGCUCAGGAAUUAAGAGUGCUUAAAAACUUCUCAUCUCUGAAGGCCAUCGUGUCUGGCCUUCAAUCAAAUCCUAUUCACCGUCUGAAACGAACGUGGGCCGGUUUGGACAAAGACACUUACCAGCUUUUCUCGGAGCUGGCAAGAAUUUUUAGUGAAGAAAAUAAUCAGUUUGCUCAGAGAGAGCUACUUAUGAGGGAGGGAACUGCGAAGUUCGCAAACACAGUGGGCACCAACGACAGGCAGUUGCAAAAAGCCAUACAACGACAACUGAAUCAAAGUGGAACCAUUAGCCACGGCACCAUUCCAUACUUGGGAACAUUUCUGACUGACUUGACGAUGAUCGACACCGCAAUACCUGACUUUGUGGGGGAACAAAAGCUCAUCAAUUUUGACAAGCGUCGCAGAGAAUUUGAAAUUCUUGCCCAGAUCAAGCUGCUGCAAAGCGCUGCCAAUGGAUACUCAUUCAAGUUGGAUCUGAAAUUUGAAGAAUGGUUCAACUCAAUACCAGUGUUAGAUGAUAAAGAGGCUUAUGAUCUGUCAUGUCAGCUUGAACAAGCAGCACCCAGCAAUACUCUUGGCAGUGCGGAUUCUGCAAAGUCAAAAAAGAGGCAAGGCCACAAAAAGAAUGACUCUGUAGCAAGCACAAAUUCUGGAAGCAGCUCCAGUAGUUUUUAUCUCAACACGAGUCACGAAACGUCGUGGCGAUCAUCGCGAGGGCUUUCGCCUUCACCAUUAUCGUCAAAGUCGAGUUCAACUUCGUCAUUAGUUUCACUAGACGCUUCUUUGGGGAGCACAGCCACGAGCGGCAGCAAUGCCAAGCAUCAGCAGUCGUUGGACAGCUCAAGCACCACCAUGGAACCAGAGUUUUAUGUGAUUAAAGUGACCACAGACUGUCAGGGCCAUGCCAAAGAGGGUCAGGUGAUGUACAAGAGCAUCAUGCUGAGCAACAACGACAGGACGCAUCAGGUGGUGCGGCAGGCCAUGCUCAAGUUGGGCCUUGAAGGCCGGCCCGAUGAUUACUCUUUUGCACAAAUCCUGCCACAAAAAGAAUUGUUUCUCCCGCAUGACGCAAAUGUGUACUACGCUGUAAACACAGCCCAUGACCUUAACUUCAUUGUGAGACGUGCUAAGAAAUUGUAACAGGGAAAGAGGUGAUCGAAUGUCUGGGGUUUCAUUAUCACAAUUGUCAAAGGACUGUAUGCAUGUUAACCAAGUGCAAUAAGAACAAAUUAUUUAUGUAUGAAUUAUCCACGCCUAGAGUGCAAUUAUUAAAUAACGUUGAUAUUUCUGCGUGAUGUUCUUCUACUUAUAUCGCUAUUGUAAUCGUCAGUAUUCGUGCUAAAAAUUCAUGAGCUAGUGCAUGUAACCCUUUUGUAACGUAACAAUAUAACUUGUGUGAUAGGCUGAGACACAAACGAACAGUGGGCUGAGUACUGUUGCGCUAUUUUGUUAUCCUUUUGUAUCAUACUCAUGUUGACCACUCAAAUAAAUUUUAUUAAUUCAA